AGGAAGCUGUGUUUCUGUAGAAAGGAAACGCAGCUUCCUCUCAGAUGAUGAAGACGAUGAUCCAGGCGGUGUUGCUCGUUAACAUCUUCUCCUCUCAGCUGCUGAUGCUUCACUCUGCAGUUCAUAGCCUCUCAGCUUCCUGUCGGGAUGAUGUUUCUCUCACAUGUCCGGAUGUCGGAUCAGACUUUGUCUCCGUCACCUGGUACAAGCGGAUCGACCAGGAUAAGUGUGGGAUCCUGCGCUGGAGCAGCAAAGAUAAAUCGAAACCAGAGUUUUUUAAGUCCAACCGCUCCGUCCACUAUGAUUAUGAUCAGGACUACAGCCUGCUGAUCAGCGCCGUCACACCCGUAGACUCCGGCACCUACGAGUGUGAGGUGGGGGCUAGAGUCGGGUACCAAAACACGAAAGUAGAAGUCAAGCUGGACGUCAGCGCCUGUGUGACCCCUGCUGUGCCGACCCCAGUGACCCCAGUGACCCCUGCUGUGCGGACCCCAGUGACCCCGGUGCCGAACACAACCUUUGACCACUGCAGACUUCAGGUGCAGGAGCUGCCCGUCCUGUGGAGCGCCGUCGUCUACGGGACCGUCGGCCUCGCCAAAAUCGUUCUGUCCAUCAUCAUCGUCUUGAUUAUUCGAUGUGUGCAGACCAAGUCUUCCAAACGACGGCAGCAGAAGUGGUGAAGCAGAUGAAUCCUGAAAAUCUGCAUUUAUUAUUUAUUUUAAAGGUUUUAAGAUGUAUACUUUUAUAUUUGUAUUCCCGUUAUGCAUCCUCAGUCUGCAGAAAUGUGUCACCGUGUGGAACAAAAACCACAUGUUUUGGUAGAAAGAGGUCGACUUCACCAGAAAACCGACAUGAGAGGAUGUGAGGCGUAUUUAGAGGAACACACACGCACGCACGCACGCACACACACACACACACACACACACACACACACACACACACACACACACACACACACACACACCACACACACACACACACACACACACACACACACACACACACACACACACACACACACACACACACCUCGUUUCACUCUCACUUCCUGUCACGAUUUAAAGGAAACGAUACCAGUCUGUUAUUUCACCAAAAACACAAUAAAGAAAGUUUAUCAGAUUAA